AUGCUUAAAACUUUACUGGAUCUUGAUUUUAAGUUUCAGACAUGCUUAAAACUUUACUGGAUCUUGAUUUUAAGUUUCAGACAUGCUUAUGCUUAAAACUUUACUGGAUCUUGGUUUUAAGUU